AUUGAAUUAUUUUAAGAAGUUCAUGAACAAUAUGGCAACGUUGGACAACGUGACGUACGCUUCAAAAUAAAUAAUUAAGAGGAUGACUUGCAUUUUCUGAUCUACAAAGACGCAAAUACCAAAAACCUAACGCUCCAUUAUACAGUUAAAAUGCCGCCUGAGAAGCGAAAGAAUGAGGGCAAAUUCGCACCAUUAUCCCCAUCACCAAUUCUAGACAUUUCAGACGAUGAAUUGGUCUCAAUAUCCGUACGUGACCUGAACAGACAACUAAAACUCAGAGGUUUAUCCCGGGAAGACAUCGUUCGCAUGAAACAGAGAAGAAGGACCCUGAAAAACAGAGGUUAUGCAGCUUCUUGUAGGAUCAAGAGAAUAGAGCAAAAGGACGAACUAGAGACGGAACGCACGCAGGAAUGGAGGGAUAUGGAGGGUAUGCAAGAAGAGGUCAACAAAAUGAGAGAAGAAAUGGUUACUAUGAAACACAGAUAUGAUGCACUUAAACAGUUUGCCAUUAACAAUAAGAUUCCCAUUCCUGCAGAACUAGAAAAUUUAUAAUUACAUAAAUUUAUUUUUGUACAUAUUUAUAGAGUAUUAUAUUAACUGUAAACAAGAUAAUUUAGAAUAAACAUAUUUUUUUAUA